UCCGCCAUUUUUCUGUUGCUUUGUUCGUGGCUUUGUGCUGUCUGUGCGCUCGAAGGGAAGCCAAACUUUGUGUUUAUGCUUAUGGACGACAUGGGAUGGGGAGAUCUGGGAGUCUUUGGAAAUCCUUCCAAGGAAACGCCUAAUCUGGAUCGAUUGGCACAGCAGGGAAUGACGUUUCCCGACUUUUACUCUGCUAAUCCUCUCUGCUCGCCCUCACGAGCUGCUUUGUUGACUGGUAGACUUCCAGUACGGAAUGGUUUCUACACCACCAACGCACAUGCAAGAAAUGCUUACACACCUCAGAAUAUUGAUGGUGGCAUUCAAGACUCGGAAGUCUUGCUUCCAGAAUUGCUCAAGAAGGCUGGCUAUCGUAGCAAACUUGUUGGCAAAUGGCAUCUGGGUCAACAGCCACAGUAUUUACCAUUGAAGCAUGGCUUUGAUGAGUGGUUUGGUGCUCCCAAUUGUCACUUUGGACCAUACAAUGACAAAGAAAUUCCUAAUGUUCCAAUGUACCGGAAUGAUGAGAUGGUUGGCAGGAUAUAUGAAGAAUUUGAAAUUAAUAAGAAGACAGGGGAGUCGAAUAUCACUCAGUUGUAUAAAUUGGAAGCUAUCGACUUUAUCCACAAACAGGUCAAGGCCGACCAACCGUUCUUCUUACUGUGGGCACCCGAUGCGACUCACGAACCGCUAUUUGCAUCUGAACCAUUUCUUGGUACAAGCCAGAGAGGCCUGUAUGGAGAUGCUGUUCGUGAACUGGAUUCCUGUGUUGGAGAGAUAGUGGACAUGCUUCACGAAGCCGGUGUUAUGAACAAUACAUUGGUGUUCUUUUCUUCAGACAACGGUGGGGCAACAUAUGCCAAAACAAAAGGAGGAAGCAAUGGACCCUUGCUGUGUGGCAAGGAAACGACGUAUGAAGGGGGUACUAGGGAACCCACUAUUGCAUAUUGGCCGGGGACAAUAAAUGAGGAGCAGGUAAGUCAUCAGCUUGGCUCUCUGAUGGACUGGUUUUCGACUGCAUUAGACUUGGCUGGAGUCGAGGCGCCAGGCGAUAAAAUUAUAGAUGGAAUAUCACUUAGUGCAACACUUCAAAAGGGAGAAAUUAAAAACAGACCAAUCUUUUAUUAUCGUGGUGACGAAAUGAUGGCAGUGCGUGUCGGCAUGUACAAAGCUCAUUACUGGACGUGGACCGAGUCACUUGAAUUGUUUAACAGAGGUACUGAUUUUUGUCCAGGCGAGGACAUACCUAAUGUUACAACUCACGACCAGGUGAAUAACACCGCUCAACCAUUGCUCUUCCAUCUCGGUCGUGAUCCAGGAGAAAAAUACAUUAUACAUCCUCUUAGCUCAGAGUACAACCAAGCAAUUGAUCCGAUCAGAGCCGCAGUUGCAGAGCAUCUGCAGGCGAUGAAGAGGGCAGAUCCGCAAUUAAAUUAUUGUGACCCAGCUGUCAUGAAUUGGGCACCUUCUGGUUGUCAGAAGCUGAACAAGUGUUUACCAAUUCCUUCACAUCACAAGACACUGUGUGUGUGGGAUCACUAGAUGUGGGUUUGAGUCGUCGUUUGGUGUGCUUACUGUGUUUUUCAGUCUGUCUGUGCUGGAAUGUCAGUAUAUGUCAUUUGAUUGAUUUCAAUUGUUCUCAA